AUGGUUGAGAUGGUUGAUACCGGUGUCACCUACGAGCAGCUCGCCGACCUCGAGCGCGAGUUCGAGGAGGUUGAGAACCAGAUUGUCCGCAAGCAGUACGAGCUCUCCAAGCCUCUGUACGAGAAGCGCGCUGCCGUCAUCUCCAAGAUCCCCAACUUCUGGGCCCUCGUCUUUGAGCAGUCCCCCGCCGAGAUCGACGAGCACAUCCAGCCCUCCGACGCUGCCCUGCUCCUCUCCUCCCUGAAGAACGUCGCCGUCUCGCGCCCCGAGAUCGACAACGGCCAGGCCAACGGCGACCCUCGCAGCCUGACCAUCCGCUUCGAGUUCAACGAGAACGAGUACUUUGAGGACACCGUCGUUGAGAAGACCUUCUGGUACCGCCACUCCAAGUCCUAUUCCGGCCUCGUCUCGGAGCCCGUCGACAUCAAGUGGAAGGACGGCAAGGACCUCACCGAGGGCCUCCUGUCCCUCGCCAAGAAGGUCUAUGACCAGGGCCCUAUCACCCCCGGAAAUCUGACCCCCGAGGCCGAGGCUCUCAAGAGCAAGGUCGAAGAGACGGGCAUGGGCGGUGUCUCCUUCUUCACCUUCUUCGGCUUCGUCGGCAAGCGCAUCUCCCCUGAGGAGAGCGCCGCCGUCCUCGCCAAGGAGCUUGCCGACCUUCAGGCCCGCAAGGAGGGCAAGAAGACGGACGAAGAGGAGGAUGACAAGGAGGAGGAGGCCAAGGACCAGGUCCAGUUCGAGCUCGAGAUCUGCCCCGACGGCGACGACAUCGCCGUCGCCAUCGCCACCGACCUGUGGCCCGAGGCGCUCCACUACUUCACCCAAGCCCAGGAGGCCGCCGAGAUGUCCGAUGCCGAGUUCGAGUCCGAUGACGAGGGCGACGAGGACGACGAGGACGACGAGGAUGACGAGGACGAGGAGAUGGGCGACGCCGAUGAGACCACCCCCAACAAGAAGCGCAAGGCUUAG